CGCGUGUUUUAUGAUACCUGCUGUGACUUUGGAAGCAUAUUCAACACUGCAGCAGGCCAGUGGGAGGCUCCUCCCGUUUAUUCAGACCUACCUUCUCCUAAUGAUUCUAUACGUGGAGAAAUAAGGCAUACAAUCGAAACUGCGGUCGAUACACUUGAUUCGUCCCUGCGAUUGCUCAGUCUUCAGAUUCAUAGCCACCCAGAAUUGAUGUUUGAAGAAAUAUUUGCUCACAAGCUACUGUCGGAUUAUAUGGAAAGCCAUGGGUUUUCUGUGACGAGGCAUUAUCUCGGCCUCAAGACUGCUUGGAGGGCUGAAUAUACCCACGGACAGGGAGGCAGAACCAUUGGGAUUAACUCGGAGAUGGAUGCGUUACCUGAAAUUGGGCAUGCAUGCGGCCACAACCUCAUUGCAAUCAGUGGGGUAGGUGUGGCAUUAGCCAUAAAAUCCGCACUGGAAACCUACAACGUUCCUGGCACUGUCGUUCUUCUAGGAACGCCAGCUGAAGAAGGCGGUGGAGGAAAGAUUAUCCUGCUUGAACGAGGAGCCUACAAAGGGAUGGAUGCUUGCUUAAUGUGUCAUCCUUCCCCAGGGCCCGAGUUGUCUUCGUUUGUGGUAUCUUCGUUGGCGAUGCAAUCUAUAGACGCCGAAUUUUUUGGGCAAUCCGCUCAUGCUGGAAAUGCUCCAUGGGAAGGUGCCAAUGCCCUUGAUGCCGCGUUUUUGGCAUACUCCAGCGUAUCCGUGUUACGACAGCAGAUCAAACCUGACCACAGAGUCAACGGAGUUAUAAAUGGCAGCGAGAGAGCUGUGAAUGUGAUCCCUGACUACGCCAAAAUGAGGUGGUAUGUCCGAGCUCCGACACGACACCAGUUAACGCAACUGACGGAAAGGGUGUCCGCCUGUUUUAAGGGUGCUGCGUUGGCGACUUCCUGCCGUCUCAAGAUCACGAAGAACACGCCUUAUUACGACUUACGGCAGAAUAGCAUCCUUGGUAAGUCGUUUUCUAAGAUGGCAAUGUUUCAUAUGGCAAGUCCCGCAUCUUUCCAAUGGAAAAGUUGUACACUGAUUGUAUUUUUAGCCUUGCCUUCGCUACAUCCAGCUUUUGCCAUCCCUACCCAGCCCAAUGGGGGAAAUCACUCGCCAGCGUUCACUGAUUCUGCGCGAACCACGGAAGCCCAUAAUGCAUGUAUGCUUACCACCAAGGCCUUGGCGUGUACUGGCUUCCGUGUCCUGGAAGACAAAGUUUUUUUCAUGCGGGUAUGUGUGUUACCUAUUGGUUGA